GUGAAUGAAGCAAAGACCAACCAGGAAAUACUUGAGCUAGUUCAGAGUCAUGACAUGAUUGAUUCAUUGCUAAGAUCAGGAUGGGUUGAUUCAGUUACCUUAUCAAAUAGAGAUAUUGCCUUGCAGAAUUUAAUCGUUCAUGAGGUUUUGGUAAAACGAAAGGAAGCUUUAGAUCAAUUUUGCAAGGGUUUAAAAGCACUUGGUGUUCAUUCUGCCAUUCAGACAUGUCCAGAAGAAAUGAAAGUAUAUUUUAUUGCCCAGCAGAGACAACUUUCAGCUACAACAGUGCUAGAGCUGUUUGCUAACAUUGAUGCUGUUCAAGAAUGUGAUAUGUGUGAAAAAUCCCGAGGUUUUUUGAUUGACUGCAUUCACUUUUUGGAAACAGGUACUGGCCUUAAGUUAUUUUUAAAAAUUGCAUGUAUCAAAUGAGCAAUCCAAUUUUCAAGCAAACGAAUAACUGACUCUGUCAGUGAAACUCUGGAACGUUAUUUAUUUGGAAUUUUACAUCGGUCAUAUGUAAGAAGCUAUUAAAAAAAAUUAGACAUGUUAAUUAAAGUAAUAAAUAUUUUAUUCUAUAUUUUACUGCUUACAUUUCAGAUGAAGGUGAAGCUGGUCUUAAAAAGUUUAUGUGCUAUAUGACAUGUGCUGAAGAAAUCCCACCUCUUGGAAUGCCUCAGAAAGUUGAAGUUGUCUAUGUUAAUCAGUCAAAUUUCUUUGCAGAAACAUGCAUGUAUGAGUUAAAAGUUCCAAAAACUCAUGAAUCUCUUGACAAUUUCAAAGAUUCAUUCAUGCAAGCUUGUGCUCACAACAAAGGCUUUGGGGCAGUUUGA